AUGCUCAAAGUGCCCGCUCCAAUCAAAACAUUCUUCGACGCGUUCCCGCUGGAGAAAUUGCCGCCGCUGGAGGUGUCGGAAACCGACUCCAACGCCUGCCAGGUGGUUGGAGGCGGAUCAACACAAUCCCCGGACUUUUACCUGUACACGUACGGACACAAAAAUGGUGUGGGAACGACGCUGAGCACGGAACCAACAUCGCUGGCGGUGCAAUUGUUGCUGUCACAUUUCCACCCCAAGAAAUCCACACAGCUCGCCACAGUAUCUCACCUGGCCAACAUGGACGGCAAACUGCCUCUAUUGGUCCAGCAGCCCUCCAACCGCACCUUUCUCACCUUCAACUCCAUCUACAAGAACCUGGUGCCAUUGACCCCGCAAAUCAACGUGCUCAGCUCGCUGGUCUUCCACAACCUGUACCAUGCGUGGAUCGUGACCAUUCUGGACCCAGCAUACUCCCGGCAGUUUGAAAACACAUUUCUGAGCGUCAAGUCACUCGAGUCCAAUACCGAGGCCCGGUUCGUCGAGCCUCUCAAAAUCAGAUUCAUGCAGGAUCUCAUCACCGACCACAAGAACCUCGCCACCGCCAUGGAACAGAGCACCCGACUACCAACCCGGCUAGUCAUGUCCAUGGAGUCGGUGUACGACAGCCAUCCCGAGAUUGAAGAGAUUUACUGCCGGGCGCACGACGCUCUGACCGCCUUUUCGAAACUGCUGGCCGAAAGCCCCUCCCAGUUCUUCAACGCCAAGGACAAGGGCUUUGAGCAGAGCGAAAUCGGCUCUCUGGACUGUGUGGUGGCCGCCUUUAUCUACUCGCUACGGCCCGAGUCUCCCUUUGGCCAGACUCGCCUGGGACACAUGGUCCAGGAUUUCCCCGAUCUCAGCAGCCAUGCCGUCAGUGUUAUCGAGGAGGUCUACAAGAAGAAUUAA